AUAGUGAUUUACCGCUGACAGCAAAGCAGCGUACCGAACCCGUCUGUUCGCGUUCAGAGUAGCCAAGUAAACAACGCGCCACACGGACAGCAACGAAUUUAGAACAUGGAGAAACGAAAAGACUCACUUAGGAUAAUCGCACAAGCGCUGAGCAGCUACCGUGCCGAGGAGAUGUUCAUAUCGUUCAACGGGGGCAAAGACUGUACGGUGCUGUUAGACCUAAUCCACCAAGCAAACCUGAAGGAUGCGAAACAGAUCAAAUGUAUCUACGUUCGUCCCUUGAACCCUUUCAGCGAGAUCGAGGAGUUCGUGGACCGGUGCCGGCAGCACUACGGCAUCACGAUAGCGACGGUGGACGGCGGCAUCAAGGCGGCACUCGAGCAGAUCUGCCGGGCGGAUCCACAGCUGAGGGCCUGCAUCAUGGGGUCCCGUCGGUCCGAUCCGUACUGUGAGCGGUUAGCAUCGUUUCAGGAAACGGACCCGGGAUGGCCUCGAUUGAUGCGCAUCAAUCCACUGCUCGAAUGGACCUGCGAGGACAUCUGGAGCUACAUCCGGGAACACAACGUACCGUACUGUGCGCUGUACGAUAGAGGCUACACUUCGAUCGGCGAUCGAACGAACACAAUUCCAAACCCUCACCUGAAGGUGGAAGCGGACAGCAGUGGGGAAGUGACUUACCUGCCGGCGUACACGUUGCAGGACGCGGACAAGUAUGAGCGGGCGGGCCGGCUCUAACACUCCCUCCGGUGACCCCGUGGUGCCUUUUGGUAUGGCUUCGAGGAGGAAAAGACAUAAUUAAGCUGCCCUCCACGACAAAGCAGCGUGAAGAUAAGGGCUGGUCGUCCCUUGUAUCGCUUGAACGGGUGAAUUUAUGGCAGUUGCUUAGCAACAUGACACUUACACACUAACACACGUACACUUUCCUUUAAUGUUGUCCCCUCUCCCCACACACGAACAAUACGCUGUAACACAAAACCGGUGGGGGGAUGACAACACACUGUUAAACUGUUUUACAAAAACUCUAGCCCAAAUGACUAAACGUUUCUUGGAUUUUUCUGUGAAGAAAAGUUUUUUUUUA